UAUUGACGGGACACCAAAUGAGUUUGCUCUUCACAAUACUAAAUGCGAUGAUGAGGAUGAUGAGGAGCUGGAUACUAUGAAAUUCGAAGGUGUGCUCUCACUUACGUCGCUUUGUGUGCAUGGAUGACAACCUCUGUCGCGCAAGGAGAAAGCGUAGUUCGAGGAACGGGUGAGGGACUUUCCGUGUGACUUUGGAUGGGGGGAGGUGGGUAUGCGUGGAUCGGUCGGGGGAAAAAAAAUUGCUCAAGGACAGUGGAAUUUGCCCAGGAACACAUCAACUCAGUAAUGGAUCAUGUGAUGUGGUGAUUGUGGCCUGGCCGGUGGCCCUUGUUUACGCUCCGACCGGUCCACAAUUCAUGAGGCAAGUAUUAAAGGCAGGGUUCCUUCAAACCAGCUUCGCAUCUUACUCGCACGUCAUGAAGCCUAUUACCACAUUUCCAUUUAGUUACCUCCCAGUUGAGCUUGUCCUCAUCAUCCUCAGAUAUUACAUGCAACCCACCUUUGAUCAGACUGCUCCAUAUUGCUCUAACAGUCCAUAUUCUAAUGCACGCGCCCUCUGUCAUUUCUCCAGAGCUGUCAGGCGGGCGGUACUUCCACAACUCCUCCAUACCAUACUGCUUGGGGACAAUGACACAGUGAGAGUGUUCGUGCAUGCUCUACAUAUGCAAAAAAUGUACGCGGAGAAAGCAAACCACCUCCGUUUCGACUACAUUCCCCAUGUGCACAAGAUCUGGAUCGGACCCCAGUGCCAAGUCCCAUGGGCCUAUACACUGAUUGAGCGUCCGCUUUCCAUCAGCCUCCUCUCUCCGGUGCUACUCGCUGCACCAUCCAUUGCCCUUGACUGGACAAGUAUGGACCUUCUUGAAGGAUGUCUGGAACAUGCAUGGAAGUCCCGUGCAGCCACACAUGCCAACAACGAACAUUCCCCACCUCCCUGGAACACCCAAACCCUGAUCCUGUCGCAUGAGCCCCCCACCAGCGGCGCACGGUGGGGGUGCCUCACGGACACUCCCCAGGGAUCUGCAUUUUUGGCAUCAAUCUCUCACCUCUCAACCACCACAUCCAUGCUCUGGUCGAGCGCAUCAUCCUACCGCAUGCCUCGGUGGAUGGAGGUCACUCCAUGGGCUUCUUUCAAAAGCCUUCAAAUUGUCUCCCUGCCGUACUUGCUUGCUUACGUCGAGCUGUUGACAUUGCCUGCAUCCCUGCUAAGGGACCACCGCGACUGUAUUCCCAGUUUCAUGAAGAAAAUAAAGGCGUUGGAUCACGGAGAGGAGAUUAUUCAAUCAGAUGGUGUUCAUUUAAAGGCGCUCCCUUCUGGCAUUGUGCUCCCUUCUGAUAUCUACUGGCUUACUCUUGAUUGGCAGCAGAAAGUUUGGGCAAGCAUGUUGUAAAGUGGACUUGGGGCGUUAUGAUAUGAUUGGUAUUAUGAAUCUGUACAUAUAUCCACUUCUCGGCAC